UCUACUCGAUACAUGUCGUUAUGUUAUUUACAUCCCUAUUUGCCGGCAAAUAUAAUACCGAGCGGCAAUUGGAACCGCGGUUAUUUACAAACAACUGACAGCAGCCGCAUUAAUGAGGCUCGUGAAGCCGGGUUGGGUGCACCAUGAUGAAAAACCCAUCUUCUCGGUGGAUGUGCACCAGGAUUGUACAAAAUUUGCAACUGGCGGUCAGGGCAACGAUUCCGGGCGUGUUGUCAUUUGGAAUCUCAAGCCGGUGCUAUCCGAGAAGGAUGAGAACGAUGCAUCGGUGCCACGGAUGCUCUGCCAAAUGGAUCAGCAUUUGGCGUGCGUGAACUGUGUGCGCUGGUCGCAGAAUGGACAGCUGCUGGCUUCCGGUUCGGAUGACAAGCUAAUCAUGAUUUGGCGCAAGGCGCAGGGACCCAGCGGCGUCUUUGGCACCGGCGGCAUGCAACAGAAUCACGAGUCCUGGAAGUGUAUACACACGCUACGCGGCCAUGAUGGCGAUGUUCUCGAUCUGGCCUGGUCGCCCAAUGAUCUCUUUCUAGCCAGCUGCAGCAUAGACAACACCAUCAUUGUCUGGGAUGCCCGUGCUCUGCCUAACAUGCUGCAAACCCUGAAGGGACACACGGGCCUGGUGAAGGGCGUCGCCUGGGAUCCGGUGGGCAAGUUCUUGGCCUCCCAGUCGGAUGAUCGCAGCAUCAAGAUUUGGCGCACUAUGGACUGGUCGUGCGGCACAACGAUAACGGAACCGUUCCAGGAAUGCGGCGGCACCACGCACAUAUUGCGCCUCUCCUGGUCACCCGAUGGCCAGUAUCUGGUCUCGGCGCACGCCAUGAACGGCGGCGGACCCACCGCCCAGAUUGUUGAGCGCGAGGGCUGGAAGUGCGACAAGGAUUUUGUGGGGCAUCGCAAAGCGGUCACCUGUGUGCGCUUCCACAACUCCAUCCUGACGCGCCACAUGGCCGGCGACAGUCCCAGCAAACCGAUGCAGUACUGUGUGCUGGCCGUUGGCUCACGGGAUCGCUCGCUAUCCGUGUGGAUGACGGCGCUGCAGCGUCCCAUGAUUGUCAUCCAUGAGCUGUUCAAUGACAGCGUCCUGGACAUGUCCUGGGGUCCGCAGCAAUGCCUGCUGAUGGCCUGCAGCGGUGAUGGCACCAUUGCCUGCCUGCAGUUCAACGAGGAGGAGCUCGGCUCGCGCGUCUCCGAACUGGAAAAGAAGGCCAUUUUUAAGCGCAAAUACGGCGGCUGCUUCGAGGACCACUUGGCCAUCAAACAGCAGCAGCAGCCGGCACGCUGCCUGCCCGAACUCUCCAGCUAUGCGCUGCCCAAUGCGGCCAUGGAACGCCGCCUGCCCAUCCAGCAGUCGCAGGCGGGCGCCGCUUCGCCGGCUCGCGCCAUCAGCAAACAGACAGAGACGCGCACCAAGGACGGCAAGCGACGGAUCACGCCCAUGUUUAUACCGCUCAACGAGAUGCCCGAGCCCAGCUCCGGCAUAGCCAGCACCAGCAUCGCCAGCAGCGCCGCCAGCAAUGCCGUCAAUCACAGCAACAGCAACAACAGCAGCAGCAACAGCAACCAUAUCGGGAGCACAACAGGAACAAUGACAACAGCAACGACAGCAACAGGUCCAAUUGGCGGCGUGGAACCGCUCAUGCCGGAGCCGCUUUUCUCGCGCGCGGAUCAAGUGGGACGCCUAAUGCUGCCGCCGGCGCCGGCGGCAACGGCUGCGAUAGCGCCGCGUCGCAGCUCGAUGCAGUUGCUCUGCGAUCUGAACAGCAGCAAUACGCUCGGACCGAAGCUGCAAAUCACAGCGAAUAGUAAAUGCGAAUUCACCAAAUCGUCGCAAGACUAUCGCAUUCAUGUACAGAACGGGCAUCUGAAGACGGGCUACGGCAUGGUCGCCAAGGUGACCGCCCAGCUGAGCCGGGAACAGCUCUGGGAGAUGUAUGUCGGCUCGCCGGUAAUCAAUGUGAAUCUGUGCAGCAAAUAUGUGAUGCUCUGCUCUCUGGACGGCAGCAUGCGUCUGCUGGCCAUGCAGACGGGCUGUCCGAUCUUUCCGGCCAUUUCGCUGAAUAGCGCCGCGGUGCACUGCGCCUUCAGUCCGGACAAUCAGCUGGUGGGCGUGCUCACCGAAUGCGGCCUGCUGCGGAUUUGGCACAUAACCAAGCGACGCAUCCGGCUGGCGACCAACUGCCUGGAGCUGCUCAACAAGCACGGCAUGGCGCUGCAGUUUGCCAUCACGGAUCAGGGCAUGCCGCUGAUUGGCUUUCCCAGCGGCAAUUCCUAUUCGUAUUCAACGAAUCUAAAAUCCUGGCUGGUCUUGGCCACCGGCGAUGCCAUCAUGUUCAAUGGCAUACGCGGCUCGCUGCCGCGCGAUCUGGAGCAUGUGAAUCGCAAGUUCCCGCUGCUCAGCAUGCAGGCCAGCACACAGAACUACCUCAGUUUGCGCGGCGCCGUCGAGAUCGAUCCGGAGAGCUGGCAGCAAACGGCCAAGGUGCUCUUCCUGGAGAAUCAAAUAAAACUGUGCGAGGCUCUCGAGGCAUUCGAGGAACUAAAACAUUGGCAUGUCAUGCUCACCUUCCAGCUGGCCACCUACGGCACCGAGAAGCGUCUGCGCCUGUUCCUCGACGGUCUGCUCAACAAUACGGAGCAGGAGGCAACGCAGUCGGCGCCCAAACACGAGCUGAUGCAGUGCGUCCUGGAGUCGCUGAAGCCGCACACGCAAUGGGAGCACAUCUACAACGAAUAUCUCGAGCUGUACCAGCUGAACGAGGAGAACUUUGUGGCGGACGCGCCGCCGCCGCAAUCCUCAUCGGCAAUCACCUAUCCGUUGCCAUCGUCGCCCUGCCCACGCACCCGAGCAGCUGCCGCUGCGGCGGCGGCCAUCGAGGCGCUGCUCACAGCGGAGCCAUCAUCCCCGCCGCCGCCCCCAUCGUCGCCGUCGCCACCACCGCCGCCGCCUGCACUGGCUACGAAUCGCAAGAGCGCCGAGCCGGAUGCCUGCGAAACGGAAUCCUCGUCAUCCUCCCAGCCGGCAUCCUCUACAACGCCCGAGCCGAUUACGGCUGCCGACAACGAAACGGACAAGCACUGAGCGUUAGUCCCUGCCCCGCCCAAAACCCAUUCAACUAUUAUUAUUGUAUUUAACUCCCACUUUUUUUUUUGUCUCCCGCUGAUAUUCCACACAGAUACUGUCAACUAGUUGUAAGCGUUCCUUGCGAAAGUUUUAAAUAUACCAAUGUCAUAGUCUCUAUU